AUGACCGUCACUGUCGGCGCACUUCUCUCGAUUGGGCUGCUUCUUUUGUGCGUCGUCGGCGUCGCCGAUGCGGAACGCCCGAAAAUCAAGGAUACGCACGGAAAUUUGCUCGUCAAGAUCAGGUCAGUUCGCCAGUGAAUCGGAUAAUCCCCGGUGCUCGGAAAUCUGGGGUGACGACGUGGCAACGUUGUAGUCUUCUAGCUACUCAGAUUUCUGACCAUCCGCCUAAAAAUAGAAGAAAGCGGCGGCGGCGGCGCGGCUCUGGCCGAGAAAGGAGGGAGAAAAGAAAGAAAAAGAUGAAGGGAGGGGGGGAAUUGAGCUGGAAGGAAUGGGUUCUAAAAUCAUUGUGGGAGGGACCGGAUAGAAGGUCCUCAACUUUAAAUCUAUCCAGUCUAAUCUUACAUUGCCCUAACCAACCGUACUCGGGACCCUGACGUCCGUUAGAUCUAAAACUCCUCUGAUUUGACGAUUUCACUUUCAAGUUCGCUUUUCAAAAAAGUCUCCUUACCGUUUCAGAAAAGUGCCAAAAUCUCAGAGCUUGGUGCACUUCUCGUUUAGAGAUAGACUCUACUUCCCGCCAGCUUAUCACACAUGUUUGCCACGUCGUCGUCGUCCAUGAUGACGUGGCACCCACAAAGACGUCCCAAACGAGGAAAAGUUCUCGGAUUACUUCUACUGUUGUGUCGACGGACGGAAGGGGGCCAAAUAUCAAAUAUCCGUUUCUACUCUAACCUCUUUCGGUCUUUAGCGCUUUUCUAGACGAUCCGAAAAGGACCAGGCUCAGCUGGUAUCAUCCUGGAUCCAAAAAAACCAACUCCAAGUCCCUGGCACUUUAAAAAAGCGUUCUGGAUGGUCUGAAAAGGAGCACGCCUUGAUUUUCAUACAAUUGCUCGACCAACUUGAGAAAUUAGGUCCAACCUUCUUGGUCCGUCCUCAUCAGUCCCUGGUCCAAACCGGCUUUCUGAGGGAUCUGAAAAAGACCAGAGCCCUUCUUAUAAUGUACUCUUGAUAUCAUCAAUGCUUCAACGCGAUCGGCCCCGUAAAUUAAUCCAUUAGGUGUCCAAAUCUCGCUUCUCGCCGCUCAAAAUGUGCGCCGGUCAACACGUACUUGUUUGUUUUCUACGCAAUUUUUUCCGCGCGCGCGCGCGCGACGAAUUGAUGCAAUUUUUGUGGGGCGUAUGUGCCCCCCCCUCUUCUCUCUUUUUCUCGCGCGCCCGCGCACUCAAAAAAUGUUUGUUUGCCAUCAGCCCUCUGUCCAAAUUUUUUGGCGUUUUGCCCUCCCGCCAAAUUGGUGCCACUGGCCGACGACGGAUAAACAGAUAAAUAGUAGUAGUAGUGGUGGAGGAAAGGGGGGAAACGGAAGAAGAAGAAGAAGGAGAAGAAGAAGAAGAAGGAAAAGGAGAUGUGCUCCUUUAAUUUCCGGCCACCAAAGCCCUUCUCUCUUCCGGCGGAUAGAUCAAUUUCAGUGAUAACCUCUCUUCGGAGCACAACAACAAUUCCGAGAGAGUCUGUCUAAAUAUUAUGAUGAUGAUGACCGACAAGUGUCAUCGACACACCGGCUCAAGGAGCAACAACACAAACAUUCGGCGAAGAGGAAGUUACUUGUAUCCAUCCAUCACUCUUAAGGGAUUUGGGCAUCAAGUGGACUUACCGUUUCAUGAUGUCAUCAAAUGCUUGAUAUAUCAAUACUAGUGUGAUAUCUGCGGACGAAAAGAAGGAAAAUCUUGAAGCGUAACAAUUACCUUUCAUUCAAAACGAUUUAUCUCAGCUGCCAGGGGAGACAUCGACAAGUAGUCAACUGAAACAAUGUUAUUUAUAAAGUUGUGGCUAUUUUGUCAGUUGACCACGUGUUGAUAUCUCCCCUGGCAGCAGAGAUACAUCGUUUUGAAUGGACGGUAUUGGGUUUUCUUUGUUUUUCCCGACGAUGUACCGCAUGGAAGCUGCCUGGCUUCAAUGAGCUACAGUAGUCCUAAGGGACCACAAAUAUAAAGUACUAGGCAUAAAGAAGAUGUACAAAAGUUUUUAGAGUGGUAUAUUCACUAUUAGCUUCACAAUACACGCUCAAAGUUUGAUCAUCUCAAAAUGAAAACGUCGCUACUGUUGCUACUGUUUCAAGAAUUUGAUAAAGUCACAAUGAGAUCGCAUAUUCUUCAAUACUACAUCAUGCAUUUUGCCGAUCUCAUUUCAGCGACAUCCCGAUCGGAUCGUGCGGCGACGACUCCUACUUUGGGCUCGGAAUCAUGGACGGCGGACUCGAGGAGUGCGACAGAUGGAACUCGGAGACGUUGAACGCCGAGUACGAGGAGCACAAGUGCAAGGUGCUCCGUGUGCACGCCUCGCUCAAGAACGGAAAGUGCACUUGUGACGAGAAGUGGAAGGGUUCGUUACUGUUUCGUUCGCAUCACAAACGCUUUCGCUCUUUUCCGCUCUUUCGAUUUACUGAUUCAACUGUCGCGCUUCUUGUUUUCCUACGGAAAUUUACACAAAACCUCGCAUAAAUCUCGUUGAAAGAAGAAACUUGAUGGACGAAAACUCAUCGCCGAAAGUUAUUCAUCAAAAUUUAACGGCCUUCUCUCCGGCGCCAGAUGUUCUUUUGCCUCCUCCUUCUUCUUCUUCUUCUUCUCAUGAAAUAUGCUCUCAUCUCUCGUUUCAGGACCGAUUUGCAACGAAUACAUUGGCUGCGGCGCCGGCGAGACUCUCUUCGGCACUUCGUGAGUGAAUAAUCCGAUUGUUCAGCACACGAAAUGAACAGUGAAAAGAAAGGAGGGGAAAAAAAGAGGGAAAACGGGAGGGGUGACACAAUUCAUUUCGACAGCUGCAAUUGAGUAUUUAUAUGCGCAGGUGGUUGGUUGGUCGGUCACUGCACACAAAUGGAAUGAAACAAUUGGGGAAUGGGAAACAUUCAUGAGUCCUAUUCGUACUGAAAUUAUCAUAAAAGUCCGGUUUUUGACAGUUUGGUGGAACAGUACAACGUUUUUACCGUUAAAACUGCGAUGCCGCUCAUUCAAAGCGAUGUAUCUCAGCUGUCUCUGGAGAUAUCGAAAAGUGGUCAAGUGACAAAAUAAACAGAAUUUUUUGAUAAUCAAUUUGUCAGUUGACCAUUUUUUGAUAUCUUUACUGGCAAUCGAGAUAUGCCGUUUUGAAUGAACGGUAGCAUCAAGUACCGAAGGGUUACGGUUUCAUAACGUCGUCUUAAGACGUCUUGUAUUCAUUGGAAACAUUUUGUAGCAACAUGUGGCUAACUUUUCUGUCUUCCAAUUUAUUCGUUACUGACAACAAAAAGAGGCUCAAAGCCUUCAAAACGAUAACGCUAUUGUAAUAAUCGUUAAGUUUCUGACUAUUUCGAACAUAAACGACGGAAUUGUCGUGAGAUAUUGUAGGCAUGUUGAAACUGUGAAUAGCAUUCAAAUUUGAAUUGGCGCCCAAAAGAUAGUCGUCUACGACUUCGUGAUUUGUCAAUGUAAAACAUUUGUGUUUCAAUUAGGAGACAAUAGUCUGGUGAGACAACUUUGCAACAUUGUUACCUUGUCUCUUUUUAAGAACUUCUUCAGGUACGAUUCCAUGAGAACUCCUAUGUUAGCUGUUAACUUUGAACUGGACACUUUUCCGUUUCAUUUUUCCACUCACUAAAAAAGUUUGCUCUGUUUCAAAACGUUCAUUUCUUGGAAGUAACUUGCUUCCAUUUCGAUGGUAACGAUAAUUCAAUUAUUGACGGUUCCAGAGUAUCCAAAAGCUUUUAUUAGGGCCUGAACUGUGCUGAUCAACUUUUCCUGAGACUCACUCGUCAAUUCUGGCUCUUUCAGCUCUUCAUGAAGUAUAUUCAUUAUGUUUUGAUCCCACUCAAAAGACACAUAAACGACAACGCGAAAAGACGUUCGACACCUGUUCCCUCUCUCUUUUCGGAUCGUUUCCUCAUCACAUCCAAAUGUUUCAUUCUUUCGUUCAAACGGGAUUUGUGAGGCAGCAGACAACGUACAUACAAAUGGCAAAGAAAACCGAAAAAGCGAAGAGGCAAGGUGUUGAAGGACAUUCCGGAUUUGUCAACUUUUGAAUCUUUCCCUUUUCUCUCUCAAAAAUUGACGAGGAAGCGGCGAUCAGCGGGAUUCAAAUUUAUUGCCAAAAGAUCUUUGCAGAACCUGAGAAGAUACUAUGGACUUGUUGAAACUGGGAACAUGUACCUUUAAAAACGGCACCCCAACACAGUCUAUUUGAGAUGAUGUAUCUCGGCUACCUGUAGAGAUAUCAUAAAGUGGCCAACUGAUAAAAUGUACACAAAGUUUUGAUGAGCAAUUCAUUAGUUGACAACUUUUUGAUAUCUCCAAUGGCAGCUGAGAUAUACUGUGCUGAAAAAAGGUUUUCGCGCUGAAUUUGCAUUUGUAAGACUUGUGCGGUAGCAAAAUAUCGAAAAUUGAUUAAGUAUUUAUUGAAUUUUCCAUAAUAGCUGAGCAAAAUACGAACGUGUUGAAACUGGAAAGUGGAGAGUUUUCUAUGGAAAUAGUUCCAUAAGGGUAGUCCAAAAGGCAUUAUUCUUGAUUCCAGAUGCACACCGCACAUGUGCCAUCACAACGGAACGAUCGCGGUCGGCAAGAAAGAGAUCGAGUGCAUUUGCCCGCCGCCGUGGGACGGCCGUCUCUGCGAGCGUCUCGCGUGCUGGCGCAAGACCAUCCCGACCCAGCAGCACCGGUAUCGCAACAAUGGGGACCACUGCGUCUGCGGAAACCACUACACCGGCGAGCACUGCGACGUCGUCAAGUCGUGCCUCAACAACGGAAAACUCGAGAACGGCGCGUGCAAGUGCGGCGACGGAUGGCACGGCGAACUGUGCGACAAGAGGUGCCCCAAGGGACACUUGACGUGAGUCGCUUUUAAAAAGAUAUCGACAGAAAUGUUUAGUUAUGAUGACAGCGAAACAGUGCGCAAUUGAUUUCCAUUAUUUUGAGCGUUGUCUAAUAUUCUAGUAUUUCUAUUCAAACUUUAACUGUUUCAUCAAGCUCACGAAUAGUUGAUUUUCUCUCGCAUUGGAUCCGCAACUAGCAAAACAAGCUGAAGAAUCAUCGAGUUUCUGUAAAUGCAAUAGAAGUCAAGAACAGUUCCCACAGUGCACUUUGUCCAUUCCGUUUUCGAUUCGAACCUCUUGAGCCCGUCUAAAGUAGCCAAUUAGCGGGCGGCCGGAAGUGCUCGCUCAUUUCUUCCAUAUUGUGUCCCUAAUUAGUGGCCUUCUUGCAGGUGUUCCACGUGCUCCUCCUUCAUCUCCGCCCUCCUUCUCGCCGUCGUCGCUCUUCUCGGAUUCUGA